AAUAUUUUUAUUACCGCCCUCCACCAUCGGAGAGAACGCACCUCUCUUCCACCGCCGUCAUCCUGCAGAGAAAACCCCCUUCUCCUUCUUCUUUUCAUCCUAUCGAGGACCCCAUACAACCUCCAUAAGCAGAGACACCUCCCCCCCACGCCCGUCAGGCCCCAGUUUGUAUUUUUUUUUUAUCUUUUUUUUUUUUCCCCUUUUCAUUUUUGGAACUCCGGAAGGGGGCCGCGCGAGCAGAGCACCGAACGACCGCCGCCGAGCUUCCGCAGUAAAGAGGGACCUAGAUUUCCUUGCCGUUGCGCAUCAAGAAUGGUUACUAUAAUCAGCACCAUGGAAACCCAGGUGUCCAACGGUCCGAGCGGAACCAGCCUGCCCAACGGCCCAGUCAUCAGCACCAACGGCGCCACGGACGACAGCAAAACCAACUUGAUUGUCAACUACCUGCCCCAGAACAUGACGCAGGAGGAGUUCAAGAGCUUGUUCGGUAGCAUCGGGGAGAUUGAGUCCUGUAAACUGGUCAGGGACAAGAUAACAGGUCAGAGUUUGGGGUACGGCUUCGUCAACUACGUGGAUCCAAACGACGCCGACAAGGCCAUUAACACACUGAAUGGUCUCAAACUACAGACUAAAACAAUCAAGGUAUCGUAUGCCCGGCCGAGCUCGGCUUCGAUCCGUGACGCAAACCUCUACGUCAGUGGACUACCCAAGACCAUGAGCCAGAAGGACAUGGAACAGCUUUUCUCCCAAUACGGUCGUAUCAUCACAUCUCGCAUUCUAGUGGACCAAGUUACAGCAGGCAUAUCACGGGGAGUGGGCUUCAUCCGGUUUGACAAACGAAACGAAGCAGAGGAGGCCAUCAAGGGCCUGAACGGACAGAAGCCUCUGGGCGCUGCCGAGCCCAUCACUGUCAAGUUUGCCAACAACCCCAGCCAGAAGACGGGCCAGGCCUUGCUGACUCAGCUGUAUCAGACCGCCGCCCGACGCUACACGGGGCCCUUGCACCACCAGACGCAGCGUUUCAGCGUGAUCCCUUCUCUCGGAAAGGGACCAGAUCCAAAUAACAGCUCACAGCCCAUACUCGACAAUUUACUAAACGCCAGCUACGGAGUCAAGAGUUCUCCCACUCUCUUCCCCAGAUUCUCACCAAUCACCAUCGACAGCAUGACCAGCCUCGCCGGCGUCAACCUCACAGGUCCCACCGGAGCCGGCUGGUGCAUCUUCGUGUACAACUUGUCGCCCGAGGCGGACGAGAGCGUCCUGUGGCAGCUCUUCGGACCAUUCGGCGCCGUCACCAACGUCAAGGUCAUCCGUGACUUUACCACCAACAAAUGUAAGGGCUUCGGUUUUGUCACCAUGACCAACUACGACGAGGCGGCAAUGGCCAUCGCGAGCCUCAACGGCUACCGCCUGGGCGACCGCGUGCUGCAGGUUUCCUUCAAGACCAGCAAGCAACACAAGGCCUGAGAGAUGGGCCGCUGGCGCCACACCUUUGACCUGCACAGGGGGGGGGGGGUUAACCUGAAACCCCCUGUGCCAUCACUUUAUAUAUGGGCCUGGACUGAGUCUCUCUUUGACGCUUUCGCACACAAAUCCACAAUAUAUCGUCGCAAAACACACACAGACACCUGCAAACACAUGCCGACACACAUGACCAAACCUAUCCACAGGCAAGCAUCCACAGGUCAGAGUUUCAAACAAACACACUAGUGGGAGUUUUUCCGUUCUCCUUCCACAACAUGCUAGACCUUCCCUGCCUUUGCCUGGAUUGAAUUACAAGGGGUACCGUAGCUGGUUUGUUGGGUUAGGGGUUAAGAGCUAUCUAUUUAGGAGACAGUCUAACGAAUGUGACAAAGAAUGUGUUCGGAAUGCUUUGAUUGAAUUCAGGCAAAUGAUGGCGGAAAAAAAAAAAAAGAAAAGAAAAAGAAUAGCGAUCAAAAUUUUAACGAAUAUGUGCAAUUUUACCCAAAACUUUGAACCCAUCACAUCUGCCAGUAUCGAGCUGGAGAGGAUGGAGUCACUUUUUUUACACUUGGGCAUUUUGAAUCAGUGACUUUUUUAAGAUCAAAGAAAAUGAAAUUAAGACAGUGUUCUCUUAUAUACGUCUAUCAAAAAUAUAACUAUAUAUUCAAUAUAUAAGGUGGUAAUAAUAGCCGAAUAUGUAAGCAUUUUCUAAAAACGUUGACUACUGUUUCCUGACCUGCUUUAGGCGGGUGCCGAGUGUAAAGGCAGUUUCUCUUCCCCUGCGUGAGCUUGUUUGCGCCGACCCGACGCCUUUUAAGUGAGCUUGUGAAUCCGGGAACUGGAAUUAAAAACCAAGUCAUCGCUUUAACUGCAUCAGUGCAUAAAUUGCCAUGAGACGCUUCUGGCAAGCAAAAAAAAAAAAAACAAAACAAAACAAAAACAGAACCUAAACGAUAGUUCUGACAUAUCUGGUUGUUGCUGGCACGUUACCAAACCCGAGACAGCCCGUGUGACCAGGCUAAUGAAGUAACAGCAAAGUUAUAACGGGGAAAAAAUAUAUAGAUUGGGAUUGAUCAAUCGCACGGCAGGGGUGCAGAUGUACCACACACUUGCAAAACCUUGAAAGAUUGAAAACCGUGAUAUGUCAUCUCAUCCCCUGACAGAAUAUUAAAGUUUAGUCCGCUGUGUUAAAACAGUAACUGAGAACCGAAGCUCUCCAAAUAAAAGGACCAAACAUUGACCGCAAGCGUUGUUAGGACUAUCCCUCGACGUAAAAGAUGAGUCAUUCCUGAAGCUUUGACCGAUGCUUCUCGCUUUUAUUUCCAAACCUCCUAUCGAAACCGCUCGGCGCGUUCCAGAAGCCGCUGAACUCCCGCCCCGGCAAAAGAAAACCGAGCAACGUCAAGCCGGCAAAUUAAGUGUCGGAUUUGGGCUCGUGUCUAAAACAGAGGAUGGAAUUUCAUCUCACUGCUUCUCAAAAUAUCUCUAGCCCGGUGCCGUGGAAUUUGUUUACGGCACCCUAGAUGAAACAUCAAAGCCCACCCCGUCUUACCUGAUGUGUCUGUCACGCGGUAGACGAGAGCUCUACCACGGGGAGGGGAUAAUGUCUUUCGAUAUCUGCACAUGAUCAUAGAUUAAAUAGGGUCAACUAUAUUCAAGACAUGUUUGCUUUUUGCUUUUCUAAAUGACGCUGUGUUAGCCAAAGAGGACGAUCUCUUUGAAAGGAUUACAUUAGAGAUAAAUCUAUUUUUAUACAUACAAAGGAACAAGACCUUGUGCUGAAUUUUUACAGAUUCUUAAGCUUGGGAAAAAGAAAAAAAAAUUGGGACAUCGCAUGUCUUUAUUUUCAACCCUCUGAUGUUUGCAAGCGCGAGGGGCGGGGAGAGCAUGCGGUGUACGGGUGGGGAUCUCGGGAAGGGGGCAAAGGAACACUGUAUCGCACACACCAACUGAAAACUGCUCGACCGUGACUAACCUUUUGGAGACAAACUUGACAGUUAGGAAAAAACUGAACAGAAUCUGACAUAAAAAAAAAAAAAAAGAGGUCACGCUCAACCGUUCGUGGUACGACGCGCGCAUCUCUACUUCGGAGUGCUCCGACACUCGUGCUGAAUUCGUGUACAGUGUUGCUUCGUGUUUGGCUCUUUAACUUGUAAAUCCCGGAUGGAAAAUACAAAAAAAAAAAAAAAAAAAGAGAGAAGGGGUUACGGUGAGACCAUCUCAUUGCUCAUCUGACAUACAGAAUUAGCUGCUUGCAAUGCAAAAACAAAAAGAAAAAAAAUGAGGACACUAGAUUCAAAAUGACAAUAUGCGGCCUUGUGGUAAACACUGAGCACGAGUCCUUAGAUUUGUUUUUUGUUUUUUUUUUUUGCCAAAGAGUUUGCUUUGCAAGUCAGUGAAACUUUAAUGUACCACCCCCUCCCCCCAUUAAUUGCCGUACAAAUCUGUUAUUUCAGGUGUCUUUAAGACCCCCUCCGCAACUUGACUCCCUACUUUUGAACGUUCAUUUGUGAAUCCUAAAACCGACCGAGCUCCGUUACGUUGAAACAUCACAGCAGUGAGCAAAAAUCCCACGUGAACACAUUUCACCCAGACGCCGACUGCCAAAAAGGAAAAAAGCAUAUCAGAGACAAGCCAUGAAUCAUAAUCAUAUCACCUCGCGAUCAAGGGAAGCAUCGGAUACAGUAUACCUCCCCGACAUUUCACCACCAAAAAUCACAGCACCGCUUCAAAUACUUAAUCUAGCAUUCGUCGACCUCACUGCUGUUGCUUCACUCGACUAUCUUAAGUGGGGCAUCAGCGCCCGAAUACCGAAUUAAUUUUUUUCGAUGUUAGGGAGGCCGAGACUGGAGACGUCCAAUCUAUUACAGUCCACCCAAAAAAAAAAAAAAUUUUAAAAAGCCCGGAAUGACCUUUCAUACGCACUCUACUCAAAGACCCCCCCCCCUCACUCAUAAUGUACAGAAGAGAGCCGAGGAACAGGAAACAGUACCACACGCACACACACGCGCGCCGCUCCAGCGACAACAAUAAUCAUGUUUAAAGAAAAAAAAAAAAAGACAAAAAAAAAAACCAAACAAACUUUCCUAUGGAACAGUAAGUGCAAUGUGCUUUGUUUUUAUAUUGACUGAGAACAAAUGAUAUAUAUUUUUUAAAAAAGAAACUAAACGUCACACUGAAAAAAGGUUUGCGGAAUAGCGACGGGAACAAAACAAGCAAAACGAGAUCAGACGGCCGACGGCGCUCGGAUGAGCCGGCUCGUUAAGGAAGAACUCAAAACGAGAGCUCUGAUCUGUAAAUUUACAUAACGACCUCCUCAGCCCCCCUAAUUUGUGCUCUGACCAUGCAAGCUCAAACGCACCGACCGAAUCGAGCAAUCCUCAGUGACCUUGAAAGGAAUACUGUCUAAUAGAUCAUCAUUUUUUUAGCCCAUGUCGACGGAUUAUCUUUUUUUUUUUUAUUUUCUUUUUCCUCUUGUAAUUUAUUGAUUUCAAAUGCAUAUCAGGACUCACUUGUUAAAUGAGUGUAUUUGUGUUGUUGAUGUUGCCAUAGAGAACACGCAUAUGGGUCAAGAUUAUGUUUGGUUACAUUGAUUGGGGACGGUUUGUUCUUUUUUUUUUUUCCUCCAUUCUCCGAUUAGUUGCAGUUUUUUUUUUUAAAGUGAUAUGCCGAUUUUAGACUUAGUUAGAUUCUUUUGGUUCAAAUCAAACUGUGUUCGAUUGUGUUUGUAAAAGUCUGUGGUAGCUUUUGUUGCAACAUAAAAAUAAUUUAAAGAGAAAAAAACUCAAAA